CCGGCUGAGACCGGUCCUGGGUCCCUGCUCUCCUUCUUCUCCUCGAUUCCGUCCUCAGCGCGGCGGGGGACCGAGGCGGGGACCGCCCCUAACGUGCCCCGCCGGGUUUGUGUCUCCGCAGAGAAGGUGUUCGCCAGCCUCCCCCAGGUGGAGAGGGGCGUCUCCAAAAUUAUCGGCGGCGACCCCACAGGCAACACUUUUAUUUACACCAAUGGAAAGUGCGUUAUCAUAAGGAACAUCAACUACCCAGCCCUGGCUGACAUCUACACAGAGCACGCCCAUCAAGUGGUGGUGGCCAAGUACGCGCCCAGCGGAUUCUACAUCGCCUCUGGAGACGUGUCUGGGAAGCUGAGGAUCUGGGACACCACGCAGGUGGAACACCUCCUGAAGUACGAGUAUCAGCCUUUCGCUGGGAAGAUCAAGGACAUUGCUUGGACGGAAGACAGUAAGAGGAUCGCAGUGGUCGGGGAAGGAAGGGAGAAGUUUGGAGCCGUCUUCCUGUGGGACAGUGGCUCUUCCGUGGGCGAGAUCACAGGACACAACAAAAUCAUCAACAGUGUGGACAUCAGGCAGAGCAGGCCAUACCGGCUGGUGACUGGCAGCGAUGAUAACUGUGCAGCGUUCUUUGAGGGGCCACCUUUCAAGUUCAAGUUUACAAUCGGCGACCACAGCCGCUUCGUCAACUGCGUGCGAUUCUCUCCCGACGGGAACAGAUUUGCCACGGCCAGCGCCGAUGGCCAGAUAUACAUCUAUGACGGAAAGACGGGCGAGAAGGUGUGCGCCCUGGGAGGAGGCAAGGCUCACGACGGAGGCGUUUACGCCAUAAGUUGGAGUCCUGAUAGCACCCACUUGCUUUCUGCUUCUGGAGACAAGACCUCCAAAGUCUGGGACGUCAGCGCGAACUCUGUCGUCAACACGUUUACGAUGGGCUCCAACAUCCUGGACCAGCAGCUGGGCUGCCUGUGGCAGAAUGACCACCUCCUCAGCAUCUCCCUGUCUGGGUACAUCAACUACCUGGACAAAAACAACCCCAGCAAACCCCUGCGGGUCAUCAAGGGUCACAGCAAAUCAAUCCAGUGCCUGACGGUGCAUAGAAACGGUGGCAAGUCCUACAUCUACUCCGGGAGCCACGACGGGCACAUUAAUUACUGGGAUUCCGAGACGGGGGAGAACGACUCCUUCGCUGGGAAGGGCCACACGAACCAGGUGUCCAGGAUGACAGUGGACGAGUCCGGGCAGCUGGUGAGCUGCAGCAUGGACGACACGGUGCGCUACACCAGCGUCACCCUGCGGGACUACAGGAAGAAGUGCUUCAGCAUCGACAGCCCUGGCUACGAGCCCGAGGUGGUGGCAGUGCACCCCAGCGGCGACAUGGUGGCUGUCGGGGGCACGGACGGGAAUGUCCGCCUGUACUCCAUCCUGGGCACCACGCUGAAAGAUGAGGGCAAGCUCCUGGAGGCCAAGGGCCCUGUGACUGACUUGGCGUACUCCCACGACGGUGCCUUCCUUGCCGUGUGUGACGCCAGCAAGGUGGUCACGGUCUUCAGCGUCGCUGAUGGCUACUCGGAGAACAACGUCUUUUACGGACACCACGCGAAGAUUGUCUGCCUGGCCUGGUCCCCGGACAACGAGCAUUUUGCCUCAGGCGGCAUGGACAUGAUGGUGUACGUCUGGACCCUGAGUGACCCUGAGACCAGGGUCAAGAUCCAAGAUGCACACCGGCUGCACCACGUCAGCAGCCUGGCCUGGCUGGACGAGCACACGCUGGUCACCACCUCCCACGACGCCUCUGUCAAAGAGUGGACAAUCACCUACUGAGGACCGCGUGGCUGGACCGCAUCAGGGACUAGCGCUCAGCCGCAGCAGAGCACGCCGUUCCUCCAGCCGUUCCUGUGACACCCCCGCCCCCAUCAAGAGGGGCCCCUAACUCCUGAUGACCCCCCUCUCCGCAGGGUGUUCGCGUCUGUACCCAUCCUCCGAAAGCUUUAGACAGUGACAGUUUGCACAUGAAAGCAGAGCGGGCCCUUAAACAGUGUGUGGAGCACGACUCACUCCCACCGCCCAGCGCAGCCGAGCGCGGAACAUUCCAGAGGCAGCGCCUCGAAAGCACACAGACCCACCCCCGUGGCUCCUGCCGCCCGUCAGGGAGGCUGUGUCCCACCCACCCCCCCGCAGGAGGGGGCUGCGCUGGGCCCGGGGCGCACGCGGCAGGGCAGCACGGCCGGGGCGCCGCGUGGCACAGAUGUCACGACCCCAGAGCGUGCGCCCUGUUGCACAGACACCUCCAGAAAAGCAGAGCAGCCCCCAGAGCAGACAGGCACACCGUGACCCUGCGCGUCACUGUCGGUGUCGGUGCUGGAUUCUAAGAAUGGAGUCGUGAGGUUUUUUUCCUUUAAUGUGUCUUAACUGUUGCUUGUCAUUGUUUACAAGCUUGUGG